ACUCAGCAGUCAAAAAGUCAAGCCCCUAAAUUUGCGUGGGACCCACAGCCCUUCCCCCUUCUCACAGAAGACAGAACCUCCACGCGACGACAGCCCCAAGCCUCGAACGCCCAAAACCCCCCAAAUCCCUAGAAUUCACUGAUACUUUGUCGCCCUACAAUUCGACCUCUUCCUCCUCGAUCGCUCAAUGCCGGUGCGUCUCGCUUGCGUUUCGUUCUGUGCUUAGCUUCUUCUUCCCCGAAUUUUGUAUUUGCGAGGGAAAUUCAGAUAUGGUCGGAUAACUUCAGAAUGGACAUGUAUUUAUGGAUAUGAUUUGUCCAGUACUUGUAGACCGCUGCAUUUGAGAUUGUUUCUUGAUUGAGCUGAACUAGGUUUUUAGGAAGAAACUAUUUGUUGAUAUAAGCUGGUUCCCUUGGCCUUGAGUAAUGGCGGGAGGUGUGAGAUUUGAGAUGAGUGCAGCCAGUCCGGAGGACUCGGCGUUUGCAGGGGGAUAUUCAAAUGGGAUGAGAGGAAAUUACCCUGGUGCCAGUUUGGAUAGGUCUGGAAGCUUCCGUGAGGGUGGUGAGAGUCGGAUGCUUAGUUCUGGUGCUAGUACACCCAGGGACAAUGCUGCUUCGAGAGGAAAUUUGCCUUCACUACAUCAGUGUUUGAUGUUAGAUCCUAUUACAAUGGGAGAUCAGCAGUUUACUUCCUUGGGUGAGCUAAGGAAGGUUCUAGGAAUACCUUUUGGGGGCAGUUUAGAAGACAAUCCAUUUGGAGCAGCUAAUUUGAAGCCCCACACUCCAGUGGCUACGGAGGACCUAAAAUGGUUCAAAGAUGGUGUGCUAGUGGCCUCUAACAAGGCCAGGGUUAGAGCAAAAAGGUUGGAUGACUCGAUCGAAAAAUUGAACAGGUAUUGUGAAGCUUUAAACUUAAAGAAGCAGCAAAGGAAUGAGUUUAUAACAAAUGAAAGAUCAGGUGGGUCAAACUUGCUGAAGAUGGGAGCUUCAAGAAACUCUUCAGAUUCUACGAAUCAAAGGCCAGAGGACAGGACUAAGACUGUUGUGAUGAACAGGCGUGUUCGCUCAUCAGUCACAGAAAUAAGGGCUCAAAGCAGAAGUAGUGUGCUGACAAGGCAGCCUGUGGUUGUGGGAAUGGAUAUGGAUAUGCUUAGAGGUGAAGGCUCUGAUCUUGUUGAAGAAAAGAUUCGCAGACUACCUGCUGGAGGGGAAGCAUGGGAUAAGAAAAUGAAAAGGAAGCGUUCUGUAGGCACAGUAUAUAGCAGGCCCAUGGAUGGUGAUGCAGAGCUAAAACGAACCUUACAUCAUAAGCCUAAUGAUGAGCCUUGUCCCCAAGCCUGUGAUGCCCAAAGUUUCAGAUCAGGGUCAUUUACUGGUGGUAAUGCAUUAACAAGCUAGACUCUAAUUCCUUGUCUGCUAAUGCAAAUGGUCGUAUUAUGCUCAAGAAUGAGUUGGACAAGGUCUCUCUUUCAAAAGAUUUAACGUCUGGGUUGACUAAGGAGCGACUUUUACCAAAGGCAAACAAUAAGUUAAAUGUUCGCGAUGAUAGUCAAAUACUCAAUCCUAAUCCAGUGACAAAGGGAAAGGCUUCAAGGGCGCCAAGAAAUGGCCCUGUAACUGUGUGCAACUCAUCUCCUAGUCUUCCUCGCACAUCUGGAACACCUGAG